AAAAAACGCUGAGAGCGCAAGAGCGCACGCUCCCGUUCAGUGCCACACUGCCGCGCGCCCAGCCGCGUGCUUCACUCCGGAGUGUAUUUGAAGAGCCCCGGAAAGCGAUCCGUGAGCCUGUCUUAUUAUAAACCUGCCCACCCUGAAUGCACGAGCUCCGCGAGACCAUCACGUCCUCCUAAGGAGACCCUCGCGGCACCAUCACUGCUGCUUUCACACACUUUUCAUUGCUUUUGCUUGGUGGAGAUCCCCGGUGCGCGUGGGACAAGGAGCGUGGAGUGAGUAGAGAUGCUCCUCCUGUGGAUGUAAAGAGCAGCGUGUGGGUCUGUAAACACUGAGUCGCUUUACUUUCACACACACAUACACACACACGCACACACGCGCGCGCAAGGAGGACCGCGCACCGGACCAGCGAUGAUCGUUUCCACGAUUUGCGUUCUUUUCCCCUUCUAGAGGUCCUGCUGUCUGCAGAAAAGUCUGCGAGCCGGAUGGACUGUGUCGCAGCCAGCGAGCUGUGCUUGAGAGAGCCGGGAUGCAGCACCAAGUAUCGGACUAUGAGGCAGUGCGUGGCGGGGAAGGAGGGCAACAUCAGUGCCGAGGGGAGGGACGAGUGCCGCAGCGCCCUGGACGCACUUAAGCAGAGCCCACUGUACAACUGCAGGUGCAAAAGAGGCAUGAAGAAGGAAAAGAACUGCCUGCGCAUCUACUGGGGGCUCUACCAGCAUUUACAAGGAAACGACUUACUGGAGGAAUCUCCUUAUGAGCCCAUGACCAGCCGUGCAUCUGAUAUAUUCCGAUUGGCACCCAUCUAUUCAGAGGGAGCCAUGAACAGCGACCCCCGGAGAACUCCAGCCACCAUCACCCCAGCCUCUAAACCUGAAAGACACAAGAGAUCAAACCCUGCUUUGGCUGUUCUGGGUGACCCUGCUCUGGCUAAGGAGAACAACUGCCUCAAUGCAGCCAAGGCGUGCAAUCUGAAUGACACGUGUAAGAAGUACCGCUCUGCCUACAUCAGCCCCUGCACGAGUCGCGUCUCCACGGCCGAAGUGUGCAACAAGCGUAAGUGCCACAAGGCGCUGCGUCAGUUUUUCGACAAGGUGCCUCCCCGACACAGCUACAGCAUGCUGUACUGCUCGUGCCCUCCAGGAGAUCAGUCAGCCUGCUCAGAGCGUCGGCGCCAGACUAUCGUCCCUGCAUGCUCCUAUGAGGACAAGGAGAAGCCCAACUGCUUGGAACUGCAAAUGUCCUGCAAGAGUAACUACAUCUGCAGGUCACGUCUAGCCGAUUUCUUCACCAACUGUCAGCCGGAGCCACGUUCUCUUUCUGGCUGUCUAAAAGAAAACUAUGCUGAUUGCCUUCUCUCCUACUCGGGUCUCAUUGGUACGGUGAUGACCCCGAACUACCUGCGCUCCCCAAAAAUCAGCGUGUCGCCGUUCUGCGACUGUAGUAACAGCGGCAACAGCAAAGAGGACUGCGAACGGUUCACAGAGUUCUUCACUGACAAUGCCUGUCUGCGUAAUUCCAUUCAGGCUUUUGGAAACGGGACAGAUGUGAGCGUGUGGCAGUCGUCUCCAGUGCAGAGCACAACGCCGGUGAUCGGUCAGUCAAAAAAAGGUCGAGGACGUGAAAAAUCACCCAACUCCUUGGAGCCAGAAUCUCAUGGCAACCACCUGAACCCCGGAGACAACUCACUGUAUAAUUUCUGUGGAAACCUGCAGGCACAAAAGCUGAAGACCAACCAAACAAUGGAUAUGUUAUGUGUGGACCCUCAGAUCGACAACCCCAGCUCCUCCAACUCCAUCUCGGGGAACUCAGCAUCUCAAUCAGGCUUUAGCACUCUGCUGCUGCUCAGCUCUUUGCACUGCUCCCUGGCACUCCUUCCUCCCACCCUGGCACUGCUGUUGUAGCCACCUGGCCAAUGCAACACAUGGACGCUCAUACUUUGUAUAAAAAAAAAAAAAAGAUCUCUGAUAUAUGUUCCAGGUCUACCUGUUGUAAUCACCUUUUCUCACUGUCACACCUCUGUAUUUUUUUUUACAGCUUUCAGUUUUUUGAGCUUUGGCUUCUGCGAAAGUGAUUUCAGUGUAACUUGAGUUACCUGUUGGGAUUUAUUCUUUUUUUGUAUCUGGAGAUGAACAGUGAAAAAUUUGAGAUGAACCACAUCCUGGUCUCUAGGGGUGAGAGGUCCUUUCGAACGGUGGGGAAGAUGAGUGGCGGAAGCUGACUUAAACGUUUGACAAAUGUUCUUUUGUGUAUUUUGCGUGCGGUAUGAUAUGCACUGACUCCUAACUGCCACACAAAAACAACGGAGGCUUACUGGGAGGUUUUGUCAGUUUUAAGCCAUUUCCACUUUACGCGUCACAUAAACGCAAAGUGUCAGACAUACGGAAUAACAGAGGCACACAAACUCCAAGGAAGUUUUGGUUGCUGGGAUUUCUGUUGUGAAUGAAUAUUCCUAUAAAACGGCUACUUUCAUAGCUUUAAUCUGAUUUGAAGUUAAUAAGACAUCCCAUAUUUUGGAAGAGCAUAACGAUUCGUAUCUGUAUAGUAUAUAUAUUUUGAGAUCCUACUUUGGGUCAGGAAGAAUUACUGAGCACAGAGAGUCUAAAAGAGUGUGUGUGUGUGUUACAGUGCCUGGGUCAGUUCAACUGCACUGAGCAGAGUGCCUGCAGGUCUGUGAACAUCACCAGGGUUGUAUAUGAUUUCCUUGAGCUCUUAUAUUCUCACUUAUGAAGCAUCACUGUAAUUGUAACCAUCAGUCCAAACUCAUUGUUCUCAAAGUGCACAUUCGAAAUGCCUUUACACUGUAGACCGUGCUUGGACCCCUUGCGUCCAGAUGAAAUAGUUAUCUAUAUUAUAGUGUUCUUUUCCUUUUUUUUUUUUUUUGUGUUGUAAUUCCAAGCAUCACAGAAGAAGGCUGCGUUAUGGCUGUACGCUCAAAUCAAAUCUUGAUCUCAAUCAGUCCGAACUUUACCGUUUCCUUUGAAACGAACCAGAGCAUGUGCAGCUUGAAAAGCCGUUGCACAUUUGAAGCAUUUAUGACAUGAAGUUUGGCUAUAAAAAAAAUGAAAAAAAAAAGAAAACACACAGAGCGCAUUAAUGCCUUGCUCUCUUUAGAUACAGGGCAUUCAGAUCUUAUUAAAAACCUUAUUUACAAAAAAAUUUGAUUUGAUAUUGCAAUGUCAUAUCCUACUGCAUAAAGUCAUAAUGACUUGUUAAGACAGACAAAUAUAUACACCACAUAAAAGGAAUAAACUCCACCUAUACUGACUGCUGCCCCAAAGUGUACUACAGAGAUUUUCACCGAACACUACACUGUUGUUUAAUGGUGUAAAAAAGAAAGCGAAAUGUAGAGAAAGGGGGGAAAAAAAACUCUUAUUUUUAUAUCUUUUGCAUUGUGUGUUUUCUUUAUGAGAGAACUCUUGCCCAUGCAAGAAACAGAGUUGUAUGGGUUAUAACUGUUGCAGUAAAACACAUACAGGUGGCAUUAGCAGCUCUAGGCGGGCAUUUCAAGGGUAGAUGCAUUGCCUUGCUAUGCAGUAAGGGCUACACUGAGUGUACACAACACAAUGCUUCUGGAUAUCAUUGUGCUUUUCUGACUAUUGGAUUCAUAUUAUGGCCUUCAGAUCAUCUGCACAAUUCAUUUCUCUGUCAACGGUGGGACAUUUCCCACCAACUUCAUUCUCAUUCCAGAUUAUCAGUCACUUUUUUCAUCUUCUGCCUCAUUCCACUGAUUUCUCGAUAUCUUUGUUUAAAUUUAAACAUUAUUACUAAAGAAUGUAAAUACCAAGAAGUAUUAAAAAGUACAAAAAGAGCCAGAACUGUUACUUUUGUCUUAUACAAUGAAAUGCCUAUAAGGGCAAACCGAGAAUUUUUUCGCAAGCCUUUUAGAAAAUGAAAAAUUAAUAAAAUACAAAUUAAAAGUAAUUGAGGGACUUAACAGUAAGCUUGAACAUAUCGGAAUGGCAUAUAUUUCCUAUAACCGUUUAUUUUGUAUUUACAAAUGAAGUACAACAGUUUGUGAAUUCAUUAUUGUAGCAAUUGGUUUCUGGCUAUAAAUAAUUUGAAGGAUUUUAAUUUUUUUGCAUGGUCACGUCAUGUUACUGCUUUUAACUCACACCACAAAUGUUAUGCUUGGUUUGAACUUAAAUCAAAGUUUAAUUUCCACUCCUGUCCACAGGAUCUGUUACAGAAAUGUACUGAAGAUGCUUUUUUGAACAGUCAUUGUACUGUUCUGCUACAUUUAUUUUUUCAUUUUUUUAACAUUGUUAAAGUAAAAGCCAAUCAUUUCUAAAAAUGCUUGUACAUGUUUAUUUUAUACAAUUACAUUUUUUUAUUUUUUAUUCUCUUGAUAACUCCUAAUUUGCAUCUGUUGCCUUUUCGUGUUUUGGCAUGAAAUUUACUAGUACUAAAGGGCUGGUUCCAGGAAAGUUCUUAAAUAUCAUUAUUUUAACAUUGGGCUGACAAGGUUAUUUGCUCACAGUUUUCAUUCAUGUUUCACAUUCUCUGUACUGCAAAACAACCGCUUUACCUACUUUUAUUUGUACUGAUCAAAGUGGGUAUACCAGGUCAAAUCAAAUCUAGAUUCUAGCAUUAUCCGUCGAACAGAUUCAGGAAAUUCGCACACCUACGUUCCAGUGUUCUGUACACUCAGUGAAUGCUGAAAAGGUCUGGGACAGAACAUGGUAUAACAACAAUAAAAAGCAUACACACCCACACUCUACAGGUUGAUAAAUGAACGAGUUGUUCUUGUUUAUAAAUGAAUAAGGUUUCCCCAUCUGACAUAUUUCUUCCUAGCUUGUGAAAAUGUACAAAUAAAUAUUAUAUGAAAAAUGAUUAAAUUGGUGACUCAUCCAACCAUA